UCAUUCUGUAGUCGAUACGUCAUCGAACGUGACCAGUGGUGGCGCAAGCUUGAAUCACCGCCGGUCGAUCCAACUUAAGAAAUGUGUUUUAAUCGUUUUUUAAUUACUUAUCGUAAAAUCUAUACUUAGAAGAUUAAGUUUUAAGUAGUUUAUCAGACUAAUUUUCGUAAUCGACAUUAUACGUGGUCUUAUGGUCGCAUGUCGUUUUGAUUUUUUAAAUAAAAACGUAGCAAAACGUUCUGUUAAAUAAAUCUAAUAUGACGGUUACGGUGUUCGUUAGGCAGGCAAUUUUCAUUCCAAGGGAAUUUAUGUAUUUUAAUAGAAGUAUAUCGCAUUUAUGUCAUUGUCAUCGAAAACUAUAUCAUGCGAACAGUUAUUUGCUAGGAAAAUACUUGUCACCCUCUCUUCGUGUCAGCACGUCUAUUAUAAGGACAUACAACAGUACCGAUAAAAGUAAAGUAGAAAGUAUUUCUGGUAGUUUAACAAAGCAGCAAGCGAAAGAAUUGGCUUUAAAACUUACUGCGGAAGAACGUGAGAUCAUCGUAAAGGCUAUAGAGGAAUGCAGAUCAGAAGAAGAUAAGGAAAAAUAUCAACGUCAGUUAGCUGCUUUUCGAUGGUGCAACGAACUUGGAAGACCUACAAAAAUAUCAUUAGGUGAUGUGGAUGCUACAGGAAAAUAUUGUCGGGUACCUGAUGAUUGGCUCUUGCGCAAGUAUGUUGAAAAUGUUCCAGGACCGUCCACAAAAAAUCUAGUAUUAGUUGCAAUUGCGAAUGCAAUUCCGUUCAUCGGAUUUGGUUUUCUUGACAACUUCAUCAUGAUUAUCGCUGGUGAUCAAAUUGAAACAAUGUUAAAUAAAAAAUUUCCGAUAUCGACUAUGGCCGCUGCAGCAUUAGGAAACACGGUAUCCGACAUAAUAGGAAUUGGUUCUGUACAUUAUGUAGAACUUUUCGCACAAAAGAUUGGAUUUCAAGCACCAAAGCUUACUUCUAUAGAAUUAAAUCUGCCUAAAACAAAACUAGCUGCAAAUGUGGGACGAGUUAUAGGAGUUACAAUUGGCUGUAUUAUUGGAAUGUCACCUAUACCCAUUUUCACUUAUUUUCAUCAUAACGCUUGAAGGUAUUUGUACUUAGCACUUGAAAACUUCAAUUUUAUUAAAACCGUAUUAAUUCUCCGAAUUUAAUGAUUAUGUAAUAAUACAAACACAAUCCAUCCCUCUGUAUAAUCUGUACGAUAUAAAUUAAGAUUAACUGCAAUUUUAAUUUACAACAAUCAUAGUGCUUAUGUAAUAUAGUAAUAAUAUUGAAUGUAUUUAAUG